AUGGCUCCCAAGAAGGGGAAGAAGGACAAGGAGCAGAAGGAUGCGGCUGCAGUCGCCCCUGCCAGUGUCAACUUGUCGCCCGCCAUGGCAGAGUUGCUGAACAAGAAGAUUCGAGAAUUCGAGAAAAGCUCAGCCGAGGAGAACGAGAAGUCUCAGAAGGCGCAGAAGGGCAAAGCCCGAACCGCCGCCAAGAACAAGCUCAAAGAGGUGAAGCAGAUUGCCACUGGCACUGCCCCGGAUGCGGAAAAGAUACAGCAGCUGAUCCAGCGUCUGGAGGCGGAAGAUGAGGAGGCGAUGAGCCUUGGCCAGGAUGUGGAAACCCGGACGAAGGAGCUGACGGACGUCGAGGACAAAGCAGACAGUGCACAGGCAGAGCUGUCAAAGUGCCUCGCCACGAAGUCAAAGCUGGAAUCGCUACUUCGUCAACUCCAACAGCAGACGAACACCCUCAACGAGGAAAGGAGGAAGCUCACAGAUGCGGAGAGGCAGCGGCGUCAGGAUUUGGCGGAUGAGUUCCAACAGACCAUCGCUGAUGUCAAGAAGAAGAUGGAUCAGCAGGCAAGCGAGCGAAGUCGGCUUGCUUUGGAAAACGAGGUCCUCCGAACAAAGUUCAAGGAGUUCUUCGAGAAGUAUGACCUGCGAGAGAAGGAUUUGGCCGAGCAACAGAAGACUCGCGAGGUAGAAGUGAAAGCCUUCGAGCAGAG